AAAAUUUUGGCAGUCGAAUGGGACAAAUGAAAUGACAGCUGUCGCAUAUUUUCAAAAAUGUCACCAAAAUUAAUUGUGAUGAAAAGAAUAAAGUAAAAAUAAGAUGGCUACUAGAUCAAUAGCGAGUGCAACUGUAAGAGCAGUAAAAAAACGAGUAUUACCAUCGCGAGCAGCCCUUGUUUUAACACAGUCAGCUGUUCAGAAGGUGAAAGAAAUUAUGUCAAAGGAAGAGGCAAAAGGCUUUGUGGGCCUUAAAGUUGGUGUACGACAAAGAGGUUGCAACGGGUUAUCUUAUACCUUAGACUAUGCAAAAGAAAAAGGCAAACUUGAUGAAGAAGUGAAACAAGAUGGUGUGACAAUAAUUAUUGACAAAAAAGCCCAGUUAACAUUACUUGGUACUGAAAUGGAUUAUGUAGAAGAUAAAUUAGCAGCUGAAUUUGUUUUCAACAAUCCAAAUAUCAAGGGCACAUGUGGAUGUGGAGAAUCUUUUAGUAUUUAAAAUAGAAAAUGUAUAUAUUUUAAAUAAAACAUAUUGUUAGUCUUAUGAUUUAGCAAUCUUCUGUUAAUGCUUACUAAGUUAAGAAGUUAAGAAGUGUUACGAAGAAUAGUAUGUAAAUAAUUAAAAUAUUUUUUUUAUUAUUAUUUGUAGAUAAUAGUAGAUAUGAUGUUAAAUAUGACUGCACAUCGUUAAAAAAUCUUGUGUUUCUAUUAUCAUGAAUAAAAUGAACACAUCAAUUGAUA